CAGGGUCACACUGAUUACAUCGCAAAAAAGAAAACAUAUUUACGUUACAAUAAUUUAAUUAUUUUAUCCAUGGAAUCACUCAACGAUGACUGCGUAUGUCACAUACUGGAAUUCCUGCCCCUCGUGGAACAGAUUAAGAUGGCCCGGCUGGCGCCGCGGUUUCAGGAGCUGCUAUGUCUGAUUGUGUGGCGAAAGCCCCGGUACCGGAAGGUUUCCGUAUCCGAUUCCAUGCUGGAACCCCUGAGCAAGGAGGAUUACGUCUUCUUCUUCGAGCUGACCAGCGCGGCAAUGGAGGAGCUGUACAUCUGGAACGUCCACAAGAAGGCCUUCGACUCGUAUUUGGGUCGACACCUCAUGAGGCCAGAACUGGCCUUCUACUUGCGCCGAGACUACAGAAACCUCCGGGAAUUGUGCAUCGCCGACGAGAGCAUGAACAACAGCAUGAUAAACACGAUUGCCAAGAGCUGCCUCCAGCUGCGCAGCUUGAGCGUUUCCAGUGCCUAUAUCACGGGGAAGUACAUUGUGGCCCUGACCAAGCUGGAGUCGUUGGUGGCUCCCGAGUGCUCCGUGGAGCUGUCCUACCUAACUGAGUUGCUGAAAGUCCUGCCUCUCAAGCACCUGGAUCUUACCUCCAACCGACAUCCUGUGGAGGCGACCAUUCUGCAGGCGGAGGGCAGCAAACGCUUGGAACGCCUUGGACUAUCCGAUGCUCAGGACUAUGGAUUUCCGUUGGCUGAUAGCCUGCCCCAGCUGACGACGCUGGUGGUCAGCUAUCACAAGGUGAGCCCACAGGAUCAACUGGACAUGCUAGAGACAACACGGAAGCGGGUGGAGGGAUAUGAAGGCAAGUUUCCCAAGCGCCUGCAAUCGAUCCUCUGCAAUGUGGUGGAUGUGGAGGUGGCCCUCGAGCAGAUCGCCGGCCUAGAGAAGCGCCAGCCCAGGGAAUCGCCCAAGUUCAGUGAGCUGCUAAAGAUUAUGUACUUCUUGUCGAACGCGCAGGUCGCUGAUAAGAGCUCACCUUGAGAUUAUGCCACUGGUCUGCCCUCUGUACAUGUACAUAAAUAGCUAUUAGAUGUCACCAAACUGACAAGUGGAACUGAUAUGUUUAUCUGUUAGCCAGUAGCUUCUCCCUAGGGUAAUUAUGUGGCGUCGCAGAUAGCUUUGUUUGGACUGGUAUCUGUUGUUUACCUAUAUUUUCGGCGUCUUGUUUAAGCUAAAGUAUAUUGUAUCAGUUGUUGGAAAGUUGCGCUGAAUAACUGUUUGUUUUACUCUUGCCCCAGAGUCUAUAACUUUUAAACAUAAACGUAAUAUGCAUAUAAAAAACCAUAAAAACGUAUACUAGGUGAACGUUAAGUGGUGAAUUAGCGUGGGAAACCACUUGCCUGGCUGGAUUUGUUGUUCAAUUUUUGUUUAUUUAAUUUAAUUUUAAAUUUCGCCCAGCUUGAAAUAUCUAUUUUAUGCAAAUACGUAUGUAAUGUAAUACAAAAAUGUUUAUAAACCUUAAUUUGUGGGGCGUUAAAUACCAUUACACCAAUGCGAUAGAAUAAUAUUACAUUUUCGCCAAAAACAAUGUUUUGAUACCCUUCCGAUUAUAAACAAAUUUGUUUUUCUUAAAAUUUGGUAAGACGAUCUAUAGAAGCCAUAAACUAUUGUCGACAAACAGAACAUACAUAUCCAUUGUAUUUCGACUUACUACGAGCUAAAAAAGAUAUAUUUUUAUUGUAAGAGGUAGAAUGUCUCCUUAAAAGCUUUGCUAACAAAUUUAUUACCGUGCCUUGGCCUUAAUUUUCUUUUUCUUUUAUUUCUCCCAAUCAUUUCAAAACCUAAACCAAGUGUAUUUAAAGUUUCGGCUACUCCGAACCUAGUCCACCAUUAUUUUUCCGAAAUGUAUUCUGCUUGCAGUUAACGUGGCUGCACGGGACUAAAUAUUUAUUUUGUUUUGUGUCCACAUUUGUGCCAGUUCUGUAAACAAGAUGAUUCUGGCGGAGGAUGGAGCUGUGAUAGAAGCGAACCAAAUAUUCCAUUGACUUGUUAGACCCCUGUCUAAUUGAUAUAUGUAUAUCAAUUAGGACCCAAUUGUCAGACAAUACACAGUUCUCUUCUCUUUUGUCGGCACAUUUUUCCUAUGGUUAAGAGGUUUUUUGUUGCUUAAAUCUGUACUGUUAUUAUAUUUGUAUAAAUGCAGGUCAUGUUAUUAAAAUAAGAAUUGAAAACUUUAUUAAAUGAAACGUGAGUCAGAAAUGAUUGGUUAAAACGAAA